AUGCUCUGCAUUAAGUAUAGUGGUAUCCAGCGUAUAUUUGAAAAACCAACAUUUGUAUACAAGCUGUACGAAUAUCAUGACAUUCACUUUGGUAGUCGCCUUCUUAAUGUUAGUCUCUAUGUCGAAUUAUCGCACCCAGAUAACUCCAUACCAGUGAACCGGUUUGUAACUCCGCUUCAUAUCGUACCUGAAUGGUACUUUUUAGCAUAUUAUGCGGUGUUAAAAGUAAUCCCAUCCAAAACCGGUGGUUUGUUAGUAUUUAUGUCCUCUCUCAUUAACUUAGCUCUUUUAUCUGAAAUUCGAGCUUUGAAUACUCGAAUGUUGAUACGACAACAUUUUAUGACUCGAAAUGUAGUCAGUGGAUGGGUAAUUAUUUGGGUAUACAGUAUGAUCUUCUUGAUUAUUAUUGGUAGUGCUAUUCCACAAGCGACUUAUAUCUUAUAUGGUAGAUUAGCUACUAUCGUAUAUCUUACUACCGGAUUGGUUCUAUGCUUAUACUAA